CCCCGAGACAUUUAAACUGCACCUUGCUAGCGUCCACCACUCCCUAGGGCAAUACCUGGAGAAAUUAAUUUAGGUGGGAGGGUGCUUUAAACGUUUUUUGUUUUUGUUUUUUUUCCCUUGCUUCUUUCUCGUAUCGUUACGUGGACCUUUCCCUCUUAGUUUUGCUAGCCUUCCCCUGUAGAUGGAACAUUUGCCGCCCGUGUGGCAGAUGUUGCGGCGAGACAGAAUCUGCUUCCCCAGAAAGGAGGUGCGUGAAGAGUCUUUAUCCUCUAGGAUAGAGAUGGUGAGUGUGGGAGUCAGUACAGAGCCCUGCCAUGCCAGGUGGGAGGUAGAGACAGAUGCAAUUGUCCUACAGCGGCGGCAAAAGCAGAUAGAUUAUGGCAAGCGCACACCUGGUUACCAGUGCUUUCUGCAGCAGGUCCCCAAGGCACAGCGACAGCCAGGACUUCACCCUCAAACACCAAACAAGAACAGGAGGUACAGCCGUCGCUCCUGGGAUGCCCAGAUCAGGCAGUGGAGAAGAGCCCUACAUUCCUGGGACCCCCCCAGCCAGCCUCUGCAGGCUGAGGGGUGGGGAAUGGACAAUCUCUUAGAGCCAAUGGAUUCCUCCCCUUUGGAUGACUGGCUCCAGACCCUGGAACCCUCAGAGAAUCUGGAUGGAGAACAGAAGGGAGCCCAGUUUGCAAGUUUGGUGGCUCCUGCCUCCUCCCUUCCCUGGCUCUGUGAGGAAGAUCCCCACCACUGGCUCUACCUUCUAGCUGAUCACAAUUACUUAACUGUCCCAGACUUGAGUGGGACACAAAAUAUUUAGGGAAAACAUGUCUUUCAGGGGACUCGUUGCUGAAUGUAAUAGUGAAGAUUACUUGCACUACUUCUACUUAACAAUCGAUUAAAAAAGAUCUAAAACUCUGUCCUACAGAGAGAUAACA